UCUUCCUUGUUCCAGCGCCCUAAACCCUAUCUCGAAAUCCGGCGGAUCGGCGGGAACCGGAAGUGUGCGCACCGGGGACGGGUCCCCAGCGAACUCCGCCGGAAGUAGCCAUUGCUAGGCGAUACCUUCGCUCAGCAUGGCGGCGAUUCCCCCUGACACCUGGCAGCCGCCCAACGUCUACCUGGAGACUAGCAUGGGGAUCAUCGUGCUGGAGCUGUACUGGAAACACGCUCCGAAGACCUGCAAGAACUUCGCAGAGCUGGCUCGGCGGGGCUACUACAACGGCACCAGAUUCCACAGGAUCAUCAAGGACUUCAUGAUCCAAGGCGGGGACCCCACGGGGACAGGUCGCGGUGGUGCGUCUAUCUACGGCAAACAGUUUGAAGAUGAACUUCAUCCAGAACUGAAGUUCACUGGGGCUGGCAUUCUUGCAAUGGCCAAUGCAGGACCAGACACCAAUGGCAGCCAGUUCUUUGUGACCCUCGCUCCCACCCAAUGGCUGGAUGGCAAGCACACCAUUUUUGGCCGAGUGUGUCAGGGCAUAGGGAUGGUGAAUCGAGUGGGCAUGGUAGAAACAAACUCCCAGGACCGUCCUGUGGAUGAUGUGAAGAUCCUGAAGGCGUACCCUUCUGGGUAGGUGUGAUGCUGUCUGGUCCUCUACAAUGAGCCAUCUUCCGGAUGACAAAGUGCCAUGUGUCAGUGCCGUGCAUACCUACGCUGAUACCUCGGACAGAAUGAAGCAGAGGGGACCUUUUGGGGGCAUUUGUAUUCUGGCCAGCAGUCACAGACUUGAAGAGCAGGCAGUGUGGAGGCAUUAACUGCACAGCCCCUUUCAGCCUCCGGCGAGCGCUCUUCCAGGAAUACACACAGCUCUCUCUAUUUUCCCUCAGAGCCUGAGCAUCAACGCUGCCGCUUCUGACACUAAACAUCCCACGCAAAGCCAUAUUGAAUUUUUGCCAAAUGAAAAACGCAUCCAGCAAUCAAGUUGCUAAGAAGGUGUCAAGUAGGGAAUAAUAAUGUGUAAUGAUGGAGAAAUGGAUCUCUGAAAAGGAAGCAGAAGCGUUGACCUUUGCCCCCUGGGAAGGACGGGCAGUCUGCGGAAGGCCAGUCCCUCAGGAGCCUCGCUUGCACGCACUGACACUUGUUAGGGCUUUAGAGAAAGUAGGUAAGAGGUUUUUAUACAUGAUGUUUGGCUUUUUUAAUCUUUCUGGAUUUGCAAGGGGCGUGGGGGUGGGAGGGAGGAUGUUAAUACCUAUGUAAUGCAUAGAAGUUUCCACAAUAAAGUACCAUGGGUCGAAA